GUAAUGAAAGCGGAAAAAUAUAAUAGAAGAAGACAGUAACACGCCAUUGGAGAAGGAUCACGUAAAGUUACCAACACCAGAAAACUCGCGCGCAGAGUCAUUGGUUUCAUGUUUUGUUUUUCAACUAAACAAGACAAUCUUUUCUUCAGUCAAACACAAUUCGUACUUUCCGAAUAAAAAGAAUAAAAUUCUCGCAAAUUCGCCAAUCUUUUUUUUUCUACCAAAAUUUCCAUUUACAAUAUUUCUAUACUUUUGUUUUCUCCCUUUACCCUUCUCUCAGUUGUUUUUACCCUUCAAUGUGGUGCCUAUUUUGUAAAACAACCACACACCCAAAAAAAACAUUCAUCCAUUGUUUAAGGUUGUCGAACCGACGUUUUUUUUUGUUUUGUUUUGUUUAGUACUAUGAUGAAUAAACAGAAUAUGUAGUUCUGAUUCUGACUGUCAGUGUUUUUUUCUCGUUGGAAUCAUUAAAAUGGGUUUGAUUUGCGGUCGUUUUUUGUGUUUUUAAUAAUCUUGAUCCGUUCUUGGACUCAGUCCUGUUUUGAGUUGACAGCGUCAGACACGCGGUUGUUCUGCCAUUCGGACAAUUUUCAUCCAUUGCUGGCUUUGUCUUUGAGUUGGAUGAAAUUACAGGUUUUAUAGUCCGUUUCAUCAAUCUUCAUCAUUAUGGAUUCUGUACGACAUUUAAAUAGAGAAUCUGAGAAUGGGAGUGUUCCUCAAACACUUAAUAACCAACCUAAUGCUAUGGAUAUUUCUCUCUCGAGGUCAACUUCGAAGAGAGUGGAGGAUCAGUAUGCGUCGAGUUCUAUGUUUACCGGAGGUUUUAAUCAAGUUACACGAUCCCAAUUGAAGGAUAAGGUGAUUGAAUCUGAUUCCAGCCAUCCGCAGAUGGUUGGGACUAAAGGGUCGGCUUGUGAGAUGCCGGGGUGUGACGGAAAGGUCAUGACUGACGAGAGAGGUUUGGAGAUACUUCCUUGUUACUGUGAUUUCAAGAUUUGUAGGGAUUGUUAUAAGGAUACUUUAAGAAACGGUGAACUGAUAUGUCCGGGAUGCAAGGUUGCUUAUGUGGAGCAUGGGAUGGCAGAGGCUGCUUCCGCGGUCAAUCAAAAGGUAUUGCCUUACCCAACUGGUGCCGCUGAGGUGUCGAAGAUGGAGGAGAGGUUGUCGAGGAUGAAGUCGAAUUCGACAAGUAGCAUGACUAAUGAAUUUGAUCAUGAUCAAUGGUUGUUUGAGACUAAAGGGACCUAUGGAUAUGGAAAUGCUAUGUGGCCUAAAGAUUCUGAGAAUGGUGCUAGUUCUAGGUCUGGUUCUGAUUCGAUGGCCGGUGACCCUAAUGUUUUCAAAGAAAAGGAAUGGCGGCCUUUGACGCGGCAAUUGAAUAUUUCUACUACAAUUCUGGGUCCUUAUCGGUUCAUAAUAUUCGCACGGAUGGUGAUUCUAGUUAUGUUCCUAAAGUGGAGGGUAGAAAACCCGAAUGAAGAUGCAAUCUGGCUGUGGGGAAUGUCUUUAGUAUGUGAAAUCUGGUUUGCAUUCUCUUGGCUUCUUGACCAGUUCCCUAAGCUCUUUCCGUUAAACCGGGUUGCUGAUCUCGACGUUUUGAAAGACAAGUUCGAAACUCCUAGUCCAAACAAUCCAACCGGAAAAUCUGAUCUUCCAGGAAUUGAUAUAUUUGUGUCAACGGCGGAUCCCGAAAAAGAACCGCCGCUUGUUACUGCAAAUACUAUUCUGUCUAUUCUAGCGGUGGACUAUCCUGUCGAGAAGCUUUCAUGUUAUGUCUCUGACGACGGGGGUUCGCUUCUUACUUUUGAGGCCAUGGCAGAGGCAACGAGUUUUGCCAAUCUGUGGGUUCCUUUUUGUCGGAAGCACGACAUUGAACCAAGGAACCCGGAAUCUUAUUUUAGUCUGAAGAGAGAUCCGUACAAGAACAAAAUACGUUCUGACUUUGUAAGGGACCGUAGGAGGGUGAAGCGUGAGUAUGAUGAAUUCAAGGUUCUUAUUAAUGGCCUUCCGGAAUCAAUCCGGAGGCGCUCUGAUGCUUAUAAUGCUGCAGAGGAGAUGAAAGCAGUGAAGUUGUGGAAGGAGGCCGCAAAUGAUGAACCGAUGGAGAAUUUGAAAAUUUCUAGAACUACAAGGAUGACUGAUGGUACUCACUGGCCAGGGACAUGGACAACUCCUGCACCGGAUCAUUCUCGGGGUGAUCAUUCCAGUAUCAUACAGGUAAUGUCGAAACCUCCAAGUAAUGAGCCACAGAUUGGCACAGCAUCAGAUUCAAAUACAAUGGAUUUGACCGAAGUUGAUAUUCGCCUUCCUAUGCUUGUCUAUGUUUCUCGUGAAAAACGACCGGGUUAUGAUCACAACAAGAAAGCCGGGGCAAUGAAUGCUCUUGUUCGAGCUUCAGCUGUUAUGUCCAAUGGCGCUUUCAUACUUAAUCUUGACUGUGACCAUUACAUAUAUAACUCCGAGGCAUUGAGGGAAGGCAUGUGCCACAUGAUGGACCGCGGCGGAGAAAGGAUCUGCUACGUUCAGUUUCCCCAAAGGUUCGAAGGAAUCGACCCUUCUGAUCGCUAUGCUAAUCACAAUACCGUCUUCUUUGAUGUCAAUAUGCGAGCUCUCGAUGGACUUCAGGGUCCUUUUUACGUUGGUACGGGAUGUCUAUUUCGAAGAACUGCGCUUUAUGGUUUUGAUCCGCCCUGUCUGCAAGAAGAGGCUGCUGAGGAUGCUGGUUGGUUUGGUAGUAAGAAAAAGAAAUCCGCAACAGUUGCCUCAGUCACUGAAGUAGAUUCUCUAGAUGACCGGUCUUUAAAGAGUGGUAGUAGCAUUGAUGAUGACGAAAUGAAUAUUGCUCUUAUUCCGAAGAAAUUCGGCAACUCGAGUCUUUUUGUUGAAUCAAUCAGGGUGGCAGAGUUUCAAGGGAGACCACUUGCCGAUCACCCAUCUGUCAAAAAUGGACGCCAACCUGGUGCUCUAAUACUUCCUCGGGAUCUUCUCGAUCCUGCAACUGUCGCUGAGGCGAUCAAUGUCAUCUCGUGCUGGUACGAAGAUAAAACCGAAUGGGGAGAUAGAGUUGGAUGGAUUUACGGUUCCGUAACCGAGGACGUUGUGACAGGCUUUAGAAUGCACAAUAGAGGAUGGCGAUCUGUGUAUUGUGUGACCAAGAGGGAUGCUUUCCGGGGUUCUGCUCCAAUCAAUCUCACCGACCGGCUUCACCAAGUUCUUCGAUGGGCAACUGGAUCAGUUGAAAUAUUCUUUUCGCGCAACAACGCGCUCUUGGCUAAUUCGAAACUACAAUUUUUGCAAAGGAUCGCGUACCUCAACGUAGGAAUCUAUCCAUUCACUUCUUUCUUCCUCAUUGUUUACUGCUUCCUCCCAGCUCUAUCGCUUUUCACUGGCCAGUUCAUCGUCCAGUCCCUUCAAGUCAAAUUCUUAGUUUACCUCAUGGGAAUCAUGCUCACACUUAUCAUUCUCGCUGUCCUCGAGAUCAAGUGGUCCGGUAUCGAACUCGUCGACUGGUGGAGAAACGAGCAAUUCUGGAUGAUCGGUGGCACAAGUGCACAUCUAGUCGCCGUUCUCCAAGGUCUACUCAAGGUAAUAGCCGGCAUUGAGAUUUCAUUCACUCUAACAUCAAAGUCAUCCGGCGACGACGAAGACGACUGCGCCGAUCUCCAUGUCAUCAAAUGGUCGUCUUUGAUGAUACCGCCACUCACAAUCAUAAUGGUUAAUCUGAUAGCAGUCGCGAUUGCGGUUAGUAAAACCAUAUACAGCGAAGAUCGAAAAUGGAGUAGCUUACUUGGAGGAAUAUUCUUCAGCUUUUGGGUAUUGUCUCAUUUAUAUCCAUUUGCAAAAGGACUAAUGGGAAAAAGAGGUAAAACACCAACCAUUGUGUAUGUUUGGGCAGCUCUAUUAUCAAUCUGCAUAUCACUUCUAUGGGUUGCUAUAAAUCCUCCUUCUAGUAACAAUCAAAUUGGAGGUUCAUUCCAAUUCCCUUAACUUGUGAUGUAAGUAACCGUGACAGGUUUUUUUGGUUGUUAGCUUUUCUUAGUUAUCAUUCAUUGGUUUGCUCAGACACUAUUGCUGAUACUAAAAUUCAUCAUAGAAACAAGAAAUAUACAUCAUACAUUUUUUUCUCUUCA